ACACGUGGUUCGUGCGUGCCGCGGCGUCGUGCGCCGGGUAUUGGCCCUCCUGGUUGUUUUCGGCGGCAUUGGCGCGGAGUUGGUAAAGGGCAGUUGACACCGCAAAAUCAGUGCAUGUCAAAUACCUAAUAGCGCUCAACGCUUGACUUAAAACAUGGGAUACGGUGGAGCCUUCACCCCACGGGGUGACCGUGGCGGCCGAGGCGGCUUUCGUGGGGGCCGCGGCGGCGGCGACAGAGGCGGCUUCAGAGGCGGCCGCGGCGGCGGCGACAGGGGCGGCUUCAGGGGCGGCCGGGGCGGCGGCGACAGGGGUGGCUUCCGAGGACGCGGCGGCUUCCGAGGUGGCGACCGCGGCCGGUCUCCGGGCCGCGGGCGCGGCGGCAGGGGCGGCAGGGGUGGGAUGCGGGGCGGUAAGGCGGUCAUCAUCGAGCCGCACCGGCACGAGGGCGUGUUCAUCGCGCGCGGGAAGGAGGACGCCCUGGUUACUCUGAACAUGGCCCCGGGUGACAGCGUCUACGGAGAGAAGAGGAUAUCAGUGGACAACCCGGACGCGGCCGGCGAGAAGAUCGAGUACCGCGUGUGGAACCCGUUCCGCUCCAAGCUGGCGGCGGCCAUUCUGGGCGGCGUGGACGCCAUCCACAUGCCGCCGGGCAGCAAGGUGCUGUACCUGGGCGCAGCCUCCGGCACGACCGUGUCGCACGUGUCGGACGUGGUCGGGCCGGAGGGCCUGGUGUACGCCGUCGAGUUUUCGCACCGCUCCGGCCGCGACCUCAUCAACGUGGCCAAGAAGCGCAACAACAUCGUGCCCAUCAUCGAGGACGCCCGUCACCCGCACAAGUACCGCAUGCUGGUCGGCAUGGUGGACUGCGUGUUCGCGGACGUGGCGCAGCCCGACCAGGCGCGCAUCGUGGCCAUCAACGCUCACAGCUUCCUCAAGAACGGCGGCCACUUUGUGAUCUCCAUCAAGGCCAACUGUAUCGACUCGACGGCAGCGCCCGAGGCUGUGUUCGCCGGCGAGGUGAAGAAGCUGAUGGCCGAGAAGCUGAAGCCGGCCGAGCAGCUGACGCUGGAGCCCUACGAGCGCGACCACGCCGUCGUCGUCGGUACUUACCGUCCGCCCGCCAAGAAGUAGGCUCCCCGCCACCGCCGCCGGUGCUGCGGCCUUAGAAGUGCGGGGUCGUGCGGGUUUCGCGGCCGGGGUUCGAGGGAUUUGUUUCCGCCUGUCGGGCGGGUCCUGUGCUCGUGUGAAACGUUGUCGGGGGAUCGCGCGCGCCUUCAUCGAUGACAUCAUCACGGUAUAAUACACUCGCGUCGGUGAC